AUGUACUAUGCAGAGAAAUCCGAGGCUUCGCAGUUUACGAGCAUUCCUGCCGCAGCUUGGUAUACCAUCGUUACCAUGACAACUUUGGGGUAAGUGUUAUUAAAUCAUACCAUUUUAUGCCAGAAAAACAAAAAUAGGCAGCGACAUCUGUUUUUAUGGAGUUUAAUGCACUAUAGUGACGUUAUGAGAAGAUUGAAAGAAAAUAACAUAUCCGAAGACAGUAUGGUCCGUGGACUUCCUGAAUGAAUUGCUAAUCAUUUGCAAAACUAGAGGGUUUUAAAUUAGACGGGCUGGCAAAGAGGAUAGUGUAUACUUUAGAAGGAGCGCGCGCGCGUUAUGAUUUGGAAAUAGAUCAUGCAAAUGGUGUGGGAUUUGUUUCGGUUGAGAAUCAAGUACGUCACUAAAAUUUUCUAGCAUAAUAAAUAAACCUGUUGGUGCUUUUUGUCCACAUGUAGUGUACUUUUAAGCAUUUUGUACGAUAAAGCCUUGGGAAAUCAGUCUAGUUGCUGGAUAAGACAAAUAAGACCUCAGAUUCAAUUGACCACAGAAAAUAGCUUACAUUUUCCUAACGUCUAUCAUUUGCCACGUAAUAUAUGUUAGGAAAUUAGAACCCGUUUUCAGCGAAACUCUUUAAUUGACCUACAAUGUGCCCAAGCAAAAUUUACUCAAAAGUCUCCUUAACAUCCAUGUAUUCAGAUACGUAUAGUCAUUGACAUCGAAUAAAUGAAUUUUGGCCGUUGGUGAGUAAGUUACGAAGAGAAAUAAUAUAUCUGGCAUUGCAAAAUGAUAAGGAAGCAGCGUUCUGUGAAGAUUUGGUGUUUCUUCUAAUAAACGUAAUUUAAACGUACACAGCAUGCCAAAUAAGGAAUGAGCCUACUUAGAUUGUCUGUUAUAUUUCACACAAUUGGUCAUUCAGUAGAGUGCUAUUGGCGUAAAUUUGUCCUUCCCCCAGUUUCUUAUUCAAGGUCCUUAAAAACCUGAAAAUAAAACCAGGAACAAAUAUGUCCAAAAGUUCACGCCACUUGGGAUUCUUGAACGCUGCAGCUAAAACUGCCAAAGCAGACUGAUGAUAAGAAAAUUUAAAGCAUCUUAUAAUUCAAAAAUAUGGAUUUAUUAUGUAGAUAAUUUGUAAUAUUAGGCAAAAUACAUGAUUUUAGUACCCAUUAAGAAAGUCGGAAGGAUGAAAGGCUAAUGACCUGAAGGCUGCUCAUAGAACCUUUCGAGUUUUAGGCCUGAUUUGUUAACAUAGAGUCCUACAAGAUGAACAUCCCACAUGUCUAUCUAAAUGUGAGCUUCACUCCCAGCCAGUCUAGUGUCUACUCGAACGUUUUUGGCGCUGUGAUUGUGAAAACCCUCAUUACUCCUGGGAUUAAGCAUUCAGCUAUUAACCAACAGCGACCAGUGUAAAUACUUGGUUACAACACAGUAAAACGUUCUGGUAGAAAAGAUCGGUGAACGGCCCUCUACCGAGAUAAACCCUCACUAAGAACGACCCUUUCUUGCAAAAUUUACACAAACCAGUUCAUACAAAACAUUUCUGUUAUGCCUUACUUCCGUAGACCUAUCUGUCUUAUUGGAAGAAAGAAAAGUACUAGAAAGAUUCCCCGCAAACAUGGUUUACUGUUAAGUUAAUUUGUUCUUCUGAUUUAUUUAUGGGCAUGGCAAAUGCCACCUAAUUGUUUCAUCUUAAGCGCUGGGAAGCACAUUAAAGGACUAUUUAGAUAGUGCUUUCAGCAUGUAUUUGGAGUAACACUAUGCAGUGGUUACAAAACCCCGCAAUGUUAAGAGUAACAACCAAAUUUCCAUUGUUUCACUGGAUUUGGUUUUUUAAAAAAAUGUUUAGGUUUUAAUGAAUUUUCGCUGCGUUAACUUCUCUCAUUUGGAGUAUGAAACAAUAGAAACAGAAAUGAGUACAUCAGAUUGCCGAAGACAUUCCUAAAAACGUUUCAUUAUAUUAUAAUGGAAUAAUAUCAAUCAUGCCCAAAUACGGACAAGUCACAUGCACCUUUUUAUAUCCCGGAUAUUAUUUAACGUGGCAACAAAUAGUGUCAGAUAGUGACAAAAUGUUUAGCCACAUUUCGAUGCAGGACCUUAGUCUGUUUCUUGUGACAUUUGGAUAACGGAGCAAUGACUAUUGCGAUCUUUGUGAUCUUCAUGAUUACAUCCGUCAGGUGUGUGUUUACCUUGGCAACUAAAGCCUAUGAAUAUGUCGAUCUGCAGCCGAAACCGCCGUCGAUAUCAAACAUAAGCUGCUGUGUAGUUGGAAUAAAGAGUAUGAGAAGUUCGACAUUUGCAGUUACAAAGAUAAACCAAGAAGUCAAUGCAAAUGCGAAAGACUGUGGCCACCCUACUAAUCGUAUAAAAACCUCGUCCAGUGAACCUGGUCAAAAUUCUGUCAGUGGAAAAUACACGGCGGAAUGACGUAUGUGCCUCGUGAGAUAAAGUAAGACUGUGAUCUUUCAUUUAUCAGAAUGUUUACUUUAAACGUGCUAAAUUGCUUAGUUUUAUUUCAAAGUUCAGAUGCAACGCGAUUAAUAGCGAUUUACAUGCGAAUCCCGUAAUGUGCAACCAGCGCUCAGAAUUAUCAAUAUCUCGGACGCUCAGUUCCGCAGCAAACCUGAUAUUUUGAUAUUAUUUGCAAUAAAAUCACAGUUGAGUAAGUUAAAGUACCGCAACCACUUUGAAUAUGUGAUUUCACUCUAUAACUUAACAUGCAUAAGAAAACUUGCGUACCCCUAUAAACGAUCGGGAGAGAAGAUAAGUGAAAACUCGCUUAUGAGUGCAUUGAGCAGUUUCUUUCAAGAUUUCAGUUGUCAUAUCAAAUCACGUAUUUUAUGUACGUCCGCUACACAAUGACAACCCAUUUGAAAAAAAUAGGUGGCUAUCUGUAUGCGGCUAACAGCGUCUAAUCUUGGGAGAGUUCCAAGGUACAACUUUGACAUUAAGUGAAAGAGGCCCUUAAGAAUAUAACAUCCGGUCUAUGUGAUUUGCAAGGAGAUUUAGAACCUUUCAACUCAGUUCGAAAUGAACCACGGCUUUAUACGCACACCCAAACUAACAAACUCAGCACAACAAAUCAUACUUUUGUGCAUGACUCCCAAGAAAUGGUUUGGAUUUAUAAGAGUAUCGAGAAUCAAAGAAAGCAUACAUACAAUUUAAGUGUCCAUUUAUCAACUCUAAUUUUUUGGGUAGUAAGAAGGUAAAACUAACAUUCCGCGCGAGUGGAAUUUCUGAGGAUUUUUCUGCAUGGUUAAUGGCACAACCCUACCUAUGUAAGUUUGUCUAAUUGAAUUCAUAUUUCGGAAUUCUGACUAACAUUUUACUAGAUACUGCAAACACGUUUUCUUGAUUACUAAAGCCCUAAUUUAUAAGAAAUCCUGCUGGUCAUUUUAUUUCAUACGCAAGUGAAGUCAAAAUUCGGUGAAAAUUAAGAGUUGCAAAAUGUUCCUUAGCAUGCUCCAUGGUGGAAAGUGAUUUUACACUUCUGCAAAUUGCAUAGAACAUAUAUUUGAAUUUCCUUUUUCAGCCUAAAUUACUGGAUCUAGAUAAAAAUGAUAGCAUUUAGCUUGGCAAUAUUAUACCAAGGCACUUACUGUCUUUGCUAAAUUGAGUCGAAAGUUCGAAAGGCACAUAAUGUGACUGCGACUCAUCAAGGUCGCUCAUACUUCGAAUGCCUGCCAAAUUUAUUUACGCAAUAGUUCAGCUGCGCAAUGUUGACGUCUUUUAGUUAGAUAGUGGUAAAAUAGAAAUUUUGGGUGAAAGCGAAUAAGCUGACAGUCAAAACGAAAAGGAAAUCUUUAGGAGACUAAAAUAUAGGACUGGAACUGGAAUCCCACAUUAAAUGCUUUGACAGCGUCGAUGACCUUGAAAAUCUAAAGGACUGUUUUAUAUUUCAACAUUAUUUCCUUCAUGGCCUUCCAUUUAACCACUCGAUAUUUCUACAAUGUUCCUGUGGAUAAAGAACAUGUUAGAACUUUUGUGUUUCGCAUCUUUAUUUUGUUUAAAUGAAGGUUAUGGGACCAAAGUUCGUCUAUUUUGCGUUGUUGAAAGGACGUACAAUGCUUUGCAUGAUUGAGCAAGAAAGCAUGUUUUGCAUUUUAAUAUAAUAGAAGGAUAAGUUGAAGUCAUGGUUUGCUUUUAAGUAUAAUUACAGUUUUGAGCAUUUAAAUGCCACCUGUCAAUUACGUCUUAAACAUAAAAGCCUUUGCAUUGUUUGAAAAAUGUCUAUAUCACAGAUCGGAUCAGUAUUUUAUCUCAACACAGAUUUUAUGCAUUCGCCAAGCAUUUGUCAUUAAAGGGGAUAACAAUUAAGGGGAGUGAUUUGAUUUUUGAAAAUAAUAUAAGAACCGACUAUUUGCCUUGAGGUAUUACGCAUCAAAAGUUGACGAAAACAUGUGGGCGUUCCGCAAGACAUGCAGAAUACCUGUUUGACUAAAAUCCACCGCUUGCACAUCAGGUUAACUUCCAUAUGGCUGAGCUCAAAAGGACUGGCAUAUCCUAUUAUGACGUAAAGCUUACUACUGGCUUUUAUUAGCAAAGCCUGCUGUGCACAGAACCGAAACAUAUCAUGAGUGGGCCAGAAGAUAUGUCGCAGUUUCUCUUUGAAAAUCGUGCGAAAAGGACAGUAGAUAGCAUUCUUUAACUUGCACAUUUUAUGGUCGGCUGCUCGACCAAAAUAACUGACUGGGUAGAAAUAUAUUUCAAAACUGUUGACGCGUUCGCAUAAACGUAUACGACAUUUGCCUGAUGUCUAUGUAUUCAAAAAGCCAGUCCUCAGUAAACGAUGACUUGCACCAAAUAUCAGUUUCUUAAAAUAAGACUACUACCACAAAUGGUGGAAGGAAAGGUUUUGGACCGAAUUCUACUUAAAUUCCUCUUUCAUGACAUCGUUUGUUGGUACAAAAAUUACUUAAUCAGUCAAAAUAUCUGUUCCGAUGGGUGUGUAUUAUGGCAUUAUCUUAAAAUGCUCAAAAUGCUUAAACUGCAGAAAAUAUUGUUUAACGCUGGUGGCAGAACAGUAAUCCACUUUUUGUCAACGACUUGGGAUAUAUCAUCAAUUAACAGGUGGUCGUGGGUAGGAAAAGUAGUGCUAUAAACCAUUCAUGAAAUAAAGGAUGGGAGAUGUUGAGCAGCCGCAAAAUGCCACAAAGGACUACGCAAAAUAUCCGCAAAUACUUCAACAAGGGAUCAGUUACGCGAGUUCAUGCCAAAUAAUGGAGUGGAAGAGAAGCUAAAGCCCACUUGACCAGGUUAAAACUAGUGUUUAAGACAUCUUUCCAGCUGUCUGCAUAAGCCGGAAUUUGUAUUCCAGCGGAUGUUUAAGUGAGGUGUGCAAUUGCACUUAAUUUAUGAUGUUUGCAAAAUUUUUACGACAGUUCGGGGAAUAAUUCAAACAGCCUGCACCUUGUUUAAUUACUUUGUACGGAAAACAUUUUUAAACCUCUUUAGUUAUUCCAUAUUUCGAAAAUAUCUAUCGUUUUUUGUCACUCCCUGUCGCUUUCCAAUACAUAUUUUUUAUGGCAAAUUCACGUUUUUCGUAUGUUUUUGUUAUUCACUAUAUCAGCUGAUCCACACCAGUUUGCAUGGCAUAUAUAAAAGUGUAGGUAAUGGAUUCGGGGAAGAGCGAGUGGGCCCCAUUAAAUUUUUUUCAAUGACAGGCAGAUCACGAAAAAUAAUACACUAUCUCUUUAACCAAACAAUCAGAGAAAGACGCCAUUCGCUCAAAAGGAAGUAAUUUAGGUUAUUCUUGUUUUAAAUUUUGUCUGAGAUAUAAAACACCAAAUGUUCAAAAACUAAAUCCGUAGGACUUUGACUUUGCCUUCAGAGUAUAAUUUACGCAGCAAACCAAACAUCAGAGUUUUCUUCAGGUAUGUGGAAAUGAGCCGGCACUUAAUGUGGUGCCAUUUAAAUAACCUUUUGUAUUUGUAAGGAUCAAUUUGAGGUUUCUCGAGUUCAAUCAUAAAUUUCUGGUCAACGAUGUUUAGAAUAAGCAAGGUGUCAGACAAUUACUUGGUUUAGUACAAAAUUGAAGAUUGGAAGGAAAGAAAGUUUUAAAACAGCGAAGAAAAUCGUCCAAAACAGUGUGCAAUAGAGACUGCCCUUGAAUUUCAUGUCCUCACUUCCGGUCAGCAGGGUAGGAUUACUUCGAGAAACCCACUUAACCUCCUUGCAUUUGCCAUGGAUAAGAGCAGUUAAUCCCAAAGGAACAUAGUAAAUGGGGCAGAAACUUCCACAAGAUAGACGAUAGCAGGAUAAUUGUAGCAGCGGCGGCAUUUGUCGGUUUAGCCAAGUGGAAAUGACGUCAGCACGGAUUUGCGUUGAAUAGUUUUUGUGACACAGACGGGAACAAAUCAGCAACCUGACGGCUUUAACUUUAGCAAUAAAUUAUAAAACUGUUAGGUUGUGUACAGUGGUCUCAGUGUUUCCAAAAAUUAGCGUAACUAACAAACGUAACAUUUUAGUAGACUCUGCAAUCUUAGUUUUCAUCUAAAACAUAUUUACCGAAGAACUUUACCACUGAGCGAGUUACCUCAUGAAAUGGGAACCAAAAGUCUGAAAUGUGUAUUCAAUUAAAAUGCUCACUCAUGUGUAAUUUACAACACUGAUUAUUGCACACCAUAAUCUGAAACUAUUUUCGUCCCAAUAACAUGUCGGAUUUGAAAGCCCUAUUGUGCGGUCACGUACCAAAUUCACAAUCGAUAAAGCCACUAUUUAAACAACAUGCCCUUUCUCCAGGGAUUUUAGGUCCUUUAAAAAUCCAAACAAAUUGCAUGGGAGGUGCGCACAAAAACUACUCCACCCACUAAAUUUUCUGUAGGGUAGACUGUCUUUAAGUCUGUGCUCAAUAAAAGGGUUUUCCGAGGGUUUAAGCCAUUUACAAUUUUGGAAUAAUUUUGGACCCGAUCUGCCAUUCUACUUACGUUCAGGAUUUUCAAAUUACAAGCUGUAUACUUUCCACGCAAGGAAAAGGGUCCAUUUCUCCGUGUGUUUCAGUGGCACGCAUGUAUAUGCGGCUGAAAAUGACCAUUUCUUACCCUUCAGUGCUCGUUGGUUUCGCUGCAACAUCGAGGAUUCCUACGGAAAACAGUAGACUUUAAUUGGAGAAAUGUCUUUUCGGUUGAGUUUCUCAUAAGGGAUGAUGCCGUUAGAAUAGAAUAUAAAAAAUUCUUCUUACGCCAAAAAGACAACUUUACUUUGACUAGAGCCUAUAACUGAGCUAGUGAAAGCACGUCUAGAUGAAGUUCACGCCGACGCUAGUCUUACGUUCCUCCAUAGCUCGCGCGAAAAAACUCCUCGUAUGUCAAGGCGAUACGCUAGUUUUGUUUUUCCCUUAAAAAUUCUUCUGAAGGCUAGCCAUCCGGUUCGACGGUUGAAACACAAAUCGACGGUAUACCGAUGGCGUCGUGGAUAAUUUAUACUCCCUUGGGAAUCUCUAUGUCCGUUUUUGGUUGACCUCAGCGUAUCAUGGUACAAUAAAAUGUAACCAUCAGCAAAGCGCAAAACCGUUACCAUCGUCUUGGAAUAGUUUUGUUUAGCACCGAGAACAAAAAUAAGUUUCUUUCCUACGUAGCGUAUCUGUGGAAUAAAAAAUGUGCUUCUACUUGUCGCGCAUUCUCCAAAGAAUCUGAGGACUAGCAAUACAAUUUGCAUAUGAAUAAGAAAAUAUACUAGUAUUGGGAAACGUACUCGUUUUUUCCGUUCCGUGAAGCGAUAGUAAAACUAUUUGAGUUAGGACUUUGCAUUAUUAGAAAGGCUAAUGACAUGUCAGUGAUGGUUGUAUAGGCGUUUGUUCUCAAAACACACUACAGUGGACUUUAAACAGUCGUACAAAGGCACAUAAAACGGAGGAAUGCUCAUAGUUCCGACAUAUUUACACCCAAUGCAGGUUGCUCUGUUGAAAACCAAAGCCUGAGAUGAGACUGUAAAUGCAGUGGAGUCAUACAUCACAGACGCUGAAAUAUUUCCUUAAAGUUAGGUAAAAUAUGUAAAACAUGUAGCAGAAUAAGACAGAUCAUUCUAGGAAAGUGUGCCCACCUGUCCAUAAGAAGCAACCAAAAUGAACAUGCGCGAUAAAAGUACCAGAUAAAAGGUGAAGAUAAGUGCGUUUAUUCACAUGACAAUCCCGUUUAUCUUUACGCUUUAGCUUGCGGACCGUGUUUACAAUUGACUUUGAAAAGAUAAUUUUAAUAUAUGCUGGGUCAGACCUUAAAGGCAUCGAUAGUUGCAAAGUGACAUCAGUUCACAACUUUUCACGUCUCCUGACAACUAUGGCCGUCAAAGUAAUGGGUAAAGCAGAAUCAAAAUCUACCUGAACGUUAUACGUCGUUGUUUGGUAAAUUGCAGAGAGUGGCCUCAUGGAUAGGCUUGUUGAAAUAGAGGGAUGAUGAGUGAAAGAAAAAGCACUUCAACUCCGACGGACAAUCACGUCUGCGCAGAUUCAGCUGACGUUCGGUCACACCCCUUUCCUUAUUCUCUCUUCCUCCUCCUCCUCCUCCUCCUCCUCCUCCUCCUCCUACUCCUCCUCCACCACCACCACCUCCCAUCCAGCUACUUUCGCCUACAGCAACAGCAUCUGGCUUAAAAACUUCAAGAGCCCCUCAAUUAUUCACGAGUUAACGGCUCUGGCGUUGUCAUGCGCGACGCGAGUUGAGUGUGCUAAUAAAAUUGAGGGCUGCCAUCAACGGAGUUUGGAGUGGAAAUUCUUCUGGAGCAAUCAUAAUUAGGUCAUACUUUCAAGCUGGCUGUACUGAGCGUCCAUUUUCCUUGUCUUUUAAAUGAAAAACAAACGCCAGGCAUUGGUAAGCAGUUCCGACCGUCGGUUGCACUCGUUUUUCAUUUGCAUGAACAGAGGGGUUUUUGGACUCACAUUAUCUCUUCAGCAAGCACGACGGGUGGCUUCAUAAAACAGCGUUUUUUAUCCUUCAGCCGCUGUUCGAUAAAAGAAAUUGGCUAUGAAGUAAUGAUGUUAUGUCAUUCCUUCAUAACACUCACUAAUGACUAGAUGGGACGAAUUUAGAAAAUUAGAUUAUUCAAAAACUGCGGUGUUUUAAUUUAAUAAAAGAUGUUCAACAAAGGCGUUUUGGGAACUUAGACUUUUAUGCAAACUUUGUCUGCAUAAACACUCCGCAGGGUGUUUUAAAGCCUACAGAAUUGUUCGUAAACAUUUUUGUCAGGAAGCCACAAGUUUUUAUGUCCUCGCAAAAACAUGCCGUGGAAAACCAGGCAUUUGGUUUAAAAGUGUAAGUGAGAAAGUGGCGCGUUUGUGCCAUUUCAUUCUUCAGAUGCAAUCCUGCAUUAGAAUGCAUACAUAGUCUGUCCAAGUUUUCAAACUUACCAGCGCUGAAUUCUCGGCAGUUUACCAUGUUUGAAAGUGAACUGUUUGUGUCACUGCAGCCAGUGUAUGUCAGUGUAAGUCAGAAAUGCGCAUGAAUGACCGCAUGAGUAACAUAUGAAAGGAUCUCAAUGACAGAAUAGAAACUCAUGUUUUCCAACUUGUUGUAAUAAAAAUAUCUAAAUUGCACCUUGUUUUUACCGCUCACGGUUGAUGGUCAAAAAUAUUGUCAACAAAAGCAAGAGGCCAUUCGUCGAUGUAUUAGAUCUUUAGAUAGGAAGCAGUCCUUUCAUCCAAGAAUGAUUUCGGCAUUUGACGGAACAUCCUCCAAAUGACAAAGUUCUAAGGUAAACGAUAACGGAGACGGAUAGACGAAGAGAAAGCAUUCAAAGAAAGCUACACAAAGCCGCAAUUAGCGCUUUUUAACGGCGUUUCACUUUCUCCAAUUUUUAGGCUUGAAUAGGGUUCAGAGUUCUUUAUUGUCGUCCAAAAUAACGUUAUUCAUUCGGAUUAAAAUCAGCCUAUCCACGUAUUCUGUCAGUCAAACGACUGAUCAUCACUUUCUAAUACGAGCUAAAAGGAGAAGCCCCCAUGGCACGAUCCGUUCGAAGUCUGAGUGGUGGGAUUGAGUGGUCCUAAUCCAUCAUGAAAUUGAAAAAAACUGGAUGGUGAAUAGAAAUUUCCAUGAGUUCCAACUGGGCCGCUUCUUUCUUUUGUCGCUAUUUGCAACUUUAGGCUCAGUAAUUUGGCGUACAUCAGUAUACACCGUCGAGUGCGCCUAUAAUUUUUUGAGUCCCUACAAGGAUCGCACGUUCGUAUGUAUAUAGUUACGAAUAGCUCGCAGUCACAUCGUUCGUGCUUUACAGUGCGGUUAGACCAAACCAGAUUAGUACAUGAGAAUAUGAACCCCUAAUGCUACAGAUAUCCUCGCGUCAUAGUCCUCCAGGGUUCCUUUUCCCGUGUUUUAACUUUAACUAUGGUCACAACCCUAACCCUUUCAACCCCAAUUGUAGACCUUAUCAUGGUCCUCUUAACUCUGACUCCAGCAGUGACCCUGACCCUAAUUUAAAUUCCCCGGAAUUUAGAGCGAGACUGCCUGCGAGACGGAGCCCAAUAUUCUCGUUAGUAACCAAGAUCAGCAGGUGGUACUUUCAAGCGUCUUUUAAUGCUGCUAAUCCUGGCCGACCAAUUACAAGCCCAUUGCUCAAGUGACGGAAUAAAAGUUAAAUGAGAAACGGGAACUUCGCACAUUCAUCUGGUUUUCCAGCGCAGUGUUGGGAUAGGACUCGCUGUCGAGUCAGAUAGGCCUGAAAUCGAAAUUAAAAUCUUCAUUAACUUUAUCUGCCCAACGUAUCAAAGAGGGACUUUGCGUGUCCACGUAACCGCCAUAGGUAACUCUGCUGAGGUGCUUCAGGCUAUAACAUCUUGUAAUCACACUGGAUCAGUUAAUACUAUUCUCAUGUAACUGAAUAUUUUCAGUCUUAUCCGACCUUUCGCAGGCUCUUAGUUUGAAUGACUGGGCGUCUUACUUUAUCAAUGUAUUCCUAGCCACUUUUCGAAACAAAGCAUUUUUACAGAUAGGUAAGAUGGGUGACGCAAUGGAUUUUGAUUUUAGUGAUCAUGAAUGGUGUAACGCUGUUUCAACUAAUCCGCUUUGUUUUGCACCUUUUUGGUCCGACUGAUUUGGUAAAAUGUACAAGGUAAAAAUUCUUCUCAUUUAACCUGCCAACGAAUGCUAUCAUUAGCAACAGUAAGUAAUGAAGACUAGCACGCUAUCCUUAUAAGCUCUUGCUCUUUCGCGAGCUUCCAUUAUUCGAGAGGAAUAGUACUAUAAUACCAGCAUAUGGCUUUACCUUGACGCAGACAAAGAUUUUUUCAAUAGUGCGCGUUAAGAAAACAAAACCGUCGAAAAACAAAAUUGAUUGAUGUGUAGGCUUCCUUAUAGGACAAAUAAACAACUUGUAGACUAUAAACUAUAGACGCCUCGUCAACGGCUGAUUGGACAUAAAAUUAUUCAGAAACUGAAAAUCAUUUUUAUAAUCAGAAGAUUGCUGUCCGCUGAGAAGCUCGACUGAUGAAGACAUGUCCUAUCAGCAGCGUGCAUGAAAAUAUAUUUUUGACUACAGUUCCUAUAAAAUAUUUUUAAAUCUAUAAGGGCACCAAAAAUAAAACGUUCAUGAUGAUAGGUUUGAAUGAGAAUCCCAAACGUCAGAACAACAAACAUUUUGGUCUUGCGAUCGCAUCAUCUUCCUCGGAAAACUCAUGCUAUUUCGAUAGUUAUUUUUACUGAGUACGGUUUUCACAGAUGUGAAGUGAAUUCGGAAACCGGUAUUCUAGUCUGGCUGAAAUAUUUUGGAAUUAUGCUGCACAGUAAUAAAAAAUAUAACACUACCUAAAUAAUCCAUCCCAAUCGGAAACACACGACAAAAUUCAGUUUUAAUUUCUUAGGAAUAGUCCUGCACUGCGUUUUGUAUAUAAGAAAAUUCAAAGCACAUUUGCCCGAUGUUUUUGAUGAAAACUGCGCCAGGAGUGCCUGAUUAUGUUUCACCUAAGGAGAGCUUCUUUGCUGUUUUCAGAACUUCCUCUCAUUAGUUGCGUACAGAAAUAAUUCACUCAUCUCGGUUGCUGGUUCAAACAAGCCUCAGGAAAUUCACACAGCACCUUCUAUCAUGAACUGUACCAGUUGAUGAUCUAGCUGUAGAUAAAAGACCCCGGGACAAACUGAGGAGGAUUCAGAAAUAGACCCAACGAAUUCAUUCUGUUCGCAUUUUCUACUCGGGUGAAAGCGAGCAACUCUUAAUUGGUGCUGUUCAAAAAAUUAACAAAUGAAAGCAUAUACGCAAUCUUACUUUCCGGCCAAAACCUGUCCAAACUAGCGUAAAGGAUAGGCUUGAUUUUAUUUAAAACACGUAAGUGUGUUUCAAAAUUCGGACAAUGAAAAGUUAAUAGUUCUGCAGGCAUAAGAUCGCGUCGCUUUUAAAAGCUGGCAGAACAAAAGUUUUGUUCGAAGUUGAUUAAUGGCUAAAAAAUAAAUGUUGUUAAGCUCAGGCCCGAAGAUGGCGCAACCGCAGUACUCAGUGUAUAGUAGUUAGUAUAAGUCCAUGAACAUGAACCGUUUAAUUGUGUGAUUUUGAAAAAAGAGGGCCCUUUUGAACUGACGCCUAAACCUAUACCGGAUUGCGGUUCUUGACAUGUAAGUAAGUCAACUUGUGGCAAUGUUAUUUGUCUAAUAACGUCGUGAUUGCACCUGAAUGUACUGAUAGCCAGAUAUGUUUCUAACUUUUGAGGCCGCUGAUAGCAACGUGUAAUGAAAAAAAUGUUUCAAGAUUGUUACACUUUCAAAGCAAAUCCGACCGGUCUCACGUAGUACCAGUAUUUUCAGAACAAAUUAAAAAACGAUUAGUUGGUUUUUGGCAAUUUAAGGAGGAAUGAAAUUGUCCCUUGAAACAUACUCUCCCACUGUUUGUUACAUCGCAAUGUGAUAGAACGUAAAGGGCGUAUUGUCUACAUUUUGGCUUGAAGGGGUCGUCAACAUCCGCAUUUUGCCUUAUGCCGCACUGCCAUCUACGUGUGAGCUAAUUCCGUCUCAUUAAUGCAGUUGCUACAAUAGCUGCCUAUAAUGCAUUAACGCGACCUCAUCUUAUCGAAGUGAAAGAUAAAAAGUUGAGGGAAAUUUCUAAAAUGUCCAAAGAUUGACAGACACUGAUCAGCCGUGAACAAUAACUGCGAAUCCAACGGGAUAACUAGCUUUUGUCAUAGAAUGCUAACCGAAGAUUUGAAAAGUGCCUUUCGUUGUGAACUAUAAUCGACCCAUUGUUGUAAAAGCACGCACCGUGCAUCGUAAUCCCAAGGUAUUUAAGUUACGCCAAAAUGAAGGUCUUUUAACAGGCCUCUUUCCUGCCGUCUGCAAAAUACACACCCUUAAAACGGCUUUUCAUGUAGUAUGAGAUGUCCCUAUAAAUUCAAUUAUAUUUCACAGGAAGUGUACAUAAAAAUAAGAAGUGUCAUGUUCCUUUGGUAGCGAAUUUGUCUUUUUGAACUGUUAUAAGUGUGUUUUUUGAUUUUAAAGAAACGUUUUUCAUUCCCGAAGAGCUUAAGCACCACUUGCGGUUACAGGCUUACAUACGAUUUCCAAAAUACAUGCCAUAUUCCUCAUUGGCUUUAUGGCUGAUCUAAUUACAUUCAUUUAAAAACCCUGGCAUGACCAAAGUAUUUUAACUUGUGCUGUACAAUGGUCAAUAUUGCACAUUCAGCCUAAAUAACUACUACUGAUAGAAAAUAUCCUUUCUCUCUUUAAUUGCCAUUCCGUGAUAAAGACCAGCCAAUAUAACUAGAUUUUCCCGUCUGAAUAGUUCGAUGGCAAGCUCGUUUGGGAUAGUUUGCCUUAUUGGCACGUGUAACCAGGGUUCAUUCAUAUGAGAAAUCUUGGGAUCACCGCCUGUACAUGUUCUCAUUCGAGCGGCAAAAACAGAAGGCAAACUGGCCGAGAAUAAUUUUUAGCGUUUUUUUUUAAAAAACAGUCAAAAAUGCAGAGGUUUAAUGUUGUGGCCUGAUAUUUCUAGCCACUGGCUAAAAUCGUGUCAUACAAUCUGGAAAAUAAAAAAUACUAGCGUAAAUAAUGACAGAAAGUUAAGAUGAUACCAGAAAGGCAUGGGUAAGAAUAAAAUUUGGAGAUCAAGUUUACUUUUCAUAAUAAGAUAAAAAUUGGGAUUCUGUCAAAGCGAAACCCUUCUAAUCCAACAGAUAGUUGUUUUAUUUUUUAUGAAGAACUCUCCGCCAUGGAAUCCCAGUAAGUAUUCCCUAUUGGGCAACUGUCCUAGAAUGUGUUUCAUAACUCGCCCAUGAAGAUAGCUAUAAUUGUGAUUUUAUCGCCCUACAGUGUGUCGUUAACUGCCGCUGACAGAACGCAAUAAAUUCCCAUGUAUACUAACGAGAUAUCGAAGCCAACGGUUCAAAAAUAAAUAUAGAGGUACUUUUCAGGUGAGAAGUGCAAAGGGCAAUUCAAUUGAUUUUAAAGUUUUUGUAAAUAAUAAUCCCACGCUAGAGGCGGAAAGUAUCAUCGUCGUUUACUGACUAUUCCGUUUUCGCGCUUGCAGCAAAAAAUAGUACUAAAUCAGCUAACCAAUGCAAAGAUGAGCCUGUUUAUAUCAAACCUACUGAUGCAGUCCCAAACUGACAGUCAUUUAAGCACGAUUAUUUUUGUAAACUCUUACACCAACAGCAUUUUCUGAUUGUAUGCAACCUGUAACUCAGUAACACGCAGCUUGCGUCAAAUAUCGGAUCAUGACAAAGUUUGACUUUAUUUACUCAACAAUAAAAAUGUUUUGGGAUUUUUAACACACAGCAGUCCUUAGGCAAACGUUACUGAGUUUUUCUGCCUUUUCGCAUUCUACCUUUUCUAUUCACUUUCGCAUGUCCCAAAAGCCCAUCAAAUAUAGACAGGAGUCUUAGCCGUAGGCUCCUUUUCUUAAAGCUUCCUGUUAGUAAAAAUAUCAAGAACGUUGGAAAUACACAGAAACAAAAUGCAUUUAAAAACUAAAUGCUUGCUGCAACGCGUGCGAUAGCAAUAAACAUUUUAAUAAGUAUAUCACUGUAUAUAUCAGUUUCGACUGUAAGCUAUUUGAACCGGAAGUCCCGUGAUUGCGAGCAAUGAGAAGCCGAAGACCUACUCGUGAAGUGCUUUGGCUACCUUUAUAUUCUGCAACCGUCAUUACAAUAAUACAACAAAACUAAUCAACCCUUUUGUCGCCCAUAGUCGUAACAGAAGUCUAUUAACCGUGAUUAUCUGUCCGCUUAGCUGUACGUACCAACUCUCCUGGCUUAGAUAUGUUUUGACUACUUAAAUUGACAACUGUGUUUAUUUUUAUGGUGCAAGUUAAAACGUACGUCCACUUUCAUAAAGUUUGAGACGUGAUCGAUGACCGUAAUUCUUUACGUUAUAUUUUGCCAAAAGUGCGGUUUUAUUCUCAAUUUCUAGCAUGAUCGUUCAGGUUUCUUUGGUAUUUCUUUUGACGCGCAAAUUUAAUUAAAAUACUGACCAUAUUUCCGUUCUCUAACAUUGGGAAAUCUGUGAAUAAUAUGGGUGUUUGGAGGUAAGCUGGUGGAAAGCACGACAAAAUAAGUUGGUUUUGUGCCAAACACUUGACUAGAUUUCGUUUUUCUUGGAGAGGUACGAAACUAGCGAAGUUUGUGUAUUGUUCAGACCAGGUUUUGUUCCGAUAGACGCUCCUUCGGAUGCUACCAUCAGAUCUCCAGUUUAGAAGGACAUCUAAGAAAGAAAGCGAACCAGCCGAUUCCAUCUCCAACGUGAAUUUGAUCGACGGAUGUGCCUGAUUUGCAGCAUUUAGGAGGGCGGCGACGUCGGUUUCUGUGGUUGCAAUCGCAACGUAGCGACCAUAAUGUUUAAGCUUUUUUAUCUGAUCGCUUAGUAGAAAUCUCUCCAGGUUGCCCAUGAAGACGUCGGCUAAGAGACGUCCAAGGGGCGAGCCCAUGGCAACGCCGUCUAUUGGUCUAUAGAGUUGGUUGUCAAAAAGGAACCGCACAUUUAAUGUGCAUCUUAAUAAUAGUUCCUUGAGUGUUUUCGUCCGUAUUCCAAUUUCUUGAUGAUUGGCAGAUAGAAAAUCACAGAUGUCAUCAACUGUCUCGGUGACCGGGACGUUUGUAAAGAGUGAUGCGACGUCUAGUGAGAACAUCAUCAUGCCGAUAAGGUAGAGGUCUUUAAUGUCGUCAAUGAAUUGAAAGGUAUCUCGAUAGCUGCGUGAUGUCAGGUGGUUGUAUGGGCUUAAAUUUCUCUGCUAACCACUUAGCUAUUGCAUGAUACGGAGAGUUCCGCAUAUCUUACAUCGGACGAACCGGUGGGCCUUCCUUAUGGAUCGUAGGUAAACCAUAUAAUCGAGGAAUAUGUGUGCCGACUGGCCGGAGGUGUUCAAAUCAUGGUCACUUAUGUGAACUUCUGUGUGGAGCCUUCUUAAACAGUCAGUCAAUUUCGCCUCUGCGUCAUCCCUGCAAUCUCUUUCUUCAUCUGCCUUUCUGAAUUUCUUCUGGUCAGAUAGUAUGGACUGUAUCUUCGCUACGUAGUCCGAUCUGUCCAUUAUGACGACGCCUGUUCCUUUGUCAGGUCUAGGCUAACAAGAUCUCUUUGUUCUCUUGAAGUCCUUUUAAUAUUUCCGCGUGUGCUUCUGUCAGCAAUCCUCGACUUUUUGGCCUUUUGUUUAGGUAUUGAUAGCUGCAAUUCACUAGUGUGGAUUUAAAGUGUUGGAUACCGUCUGUGGAAGCGGGCAAUAGAUCGAAGGUUUGAUUCCAGAGGUUCUCGAACUGAGUUUCCAAUUCAAACUGAUUUGCUUUUCGACGAGGUAUGCAAGGCUGAAUGAGAUCAUAAUUCAAGACAAUAGAUGUUUUGGCGAGCAUUUUACGUUGUGUACAGUUACAAGAGUCAAACCGCUCUUCAUUGACCGGCGAAUAUGAAAAUCACUAGGCUUUAGCAUGUGUCAUAAUGUAUUCUCAUAAUUACUCGAAGUCAAUCGAAAAGCGUUUUGCCGUUUAUUCUUUCCAACAUUUAUGUAGAAAAAUCCAAACAAAAAUAAAACCCAUUCCUGUUUUUUCGCACAGUGAAAAUUACAUGCAAAUAUAAUUUUCUAGCAUUACUGUGGGGUAACGUGCUUUAGGGAGAUGUGUUUGACGUCCUUAGAGAUUUCAAAAAAGUGCGGAGAAGGGUAAAAAUAGGAAAACAAACAUCCAGAAAUAUUUCAGAGAGCUAAUUUUGCAGAAAUAGGAUUUCCACCCUCCUUUUACACUAUUUGUUUUCAUCUUAAUUCUAUGAUCGGCAGGAAUAUAAGGGAGAUCACCACUGUAAUUUAACAUUUGGAUAAACAAUUGACCGCGAUAGGAAUAAAUGUGAGGCGGAAACCCUUAACGGAAUAACAACACUAAUGUCCUUUAAUUCUCCUCACUGAUAGAGAGAUCGUGAUACAGACAGAAUGGCAUCACCGACAAAGACGAGGAAGACUGAAAUGGCCAUUUCUGGCUUAUUAACCGUCGUCAGCCAGUCAUACCCAACCCCGACGUGUGGGACACCCGAGGCUCGAGGCGCGGACUUCUACUAAACAGGUUGCGAGUUCGAGCCUCGGGUGUUCCACACUUCGGGGUUGGGUAUGACUGGCUGACGACGGCUAAUAAGCCAGAAAUGGCCAUUUUAGUCUCCCGUGUCUUUUUAGGUAAUGCCAUUCUGCCUAUAUCAUGCGCCGCUGUGCGGCUACUUCUUGGACUCGAGAGAGAGCCCUUAAGGAACAAUGGAACGAUUGAGUUCCGUAUGAAUGAUCGGUGAGCGCCCCCUACCAAAUUGUGAUACAGUCAUGACUAAUGGAUGAACUUGCAAAAGUCGCAAUUGCUAAUAUUCACACCUAUCUGCACUCCUGCAUUCAGGAACAACAAUGAGUAGCAGGGAAUCGACCUAGACGACCUGCGACAUUUGGGCAAAUACGAUUAAUUACCGGUCUGAAAGUGGCUGCACAAGGCGGGGCGUACAAUGAGUUAAGCUUUAUUAUACGUGCGGACUUAGAUAAACUCGUCAUCAAUCACUAAAUGUUGUUGACAUGGCCCCACAACGGGACAUGCGGGAAAUGCGCUGAGCCAACACGGGGGCCAGACAAGGACAUGACAUGCAUUAACCGAAGUUAUUAGUCUAGAGCUGAAUACUCUGGGCGGUUAUUUGCGACAAUCAGUCGCACAGUUGAACGAAUGACUGGCUGCCGCAAAUGCCUGAAUUCAAUCUCCGCCCGGUGCUAACUGUCCUGGGUAGUCAUCGAAAGAUAUACUAACCCGCAUAUUUGCUUGCCAUGGCUACACGUAGGGUGCAAAUGGAACUCAUGGGUCUGUAGCGAUGUUUAAAGUAGCCUCUGGGGCAGAAUUGAUUUGCGGUAUUACAUGGCAUAUGUUUUCGAAUACCUAUUAUGGUCACACAAUGAGCGCGGAAAGGAUGGCAUCCGACCAUAAAAAUGAUAGAUAACUGUUAGGGGAAAACUUGCCACAAGCUUAACACGCUCUGUUCUAUGAAAUUUCGCUGUUCCUCUCAAUCAAAUUGAGGGGCACCAUUAAGCAAAAUAACUCAUUUUCAACGGGUUGAAUUUUAUGCAAUGGAAAAUUUUACAGGAUCUCACGACCCUACUCCAGAGUCCGCCGUUAAGUAUGCUCUAACGAACAUAUUGCAGAGGAAAAGCUGCUGCCCCACUCAUUCAACAUUUUGGAUGAAAGGGUGCGAAGGCGCGAUAACUUGAUUUUUUUUCGGUAAGAACAAACAUCAGCGAUGUUACCGCGUCGGGGACUGUUUGCCUGUUGGUUAAAUAUGCCGCCAUUUUGGCUGCAAAAUAAGUUCCUGAGUAAAUCUGUAAGGUCCACAUAAAACGCUCAACGCUCAUGGACGUUUUCUUUUGUUGUGUCUGUCCAACGAAACGUUUAGCCAGUGGUUCUGGAGACGAUUAAAAGGAAAUAGAUGUGAUCAACGACGUCAGAUUAGGGAAGCCUAUAAUCCACACAGCUUUACAUAGCAAAACUGGUUUGCAUAAUGAACUUGCACUUAAAAUUAACUGACGUUAAUAAGUUGGCUUAAAGGGAUUUGUAUCCAAAUAGGCUGGCAUUGAAAUAACUAUACAUGAGUGUGCUUUUAAAGAACGCCUAUGGCUUAAGUUGAAAACCAAGCUUGCUAAUAUUUGGCUGGCUGUAGAUUAAAACAAAGCUACCUUCUGCUGGUGCUUCAACUUACUGUUAUCGGUAUUUCCUUCCGGGUCAACGUAAAAGCAAAUUCAUUAGAAAGAUGAAUAACGAUUUUUUAAAGACAAGGUUGAUUGUUCAGGAGUCAGUCAAGGCAUUGUUCGACCAAACAAAAGAUGCGACAUAAGACGUGCCGAUCUUCAGUGUUAACAUGAAUCGCCCAGGUCCAUGAAGACAGUGCUCAAGACUGAACUAAUUCAACCCAUUCUGAGUCAGGAAAUUUAAUCCAAAAACGUUUUCGGUCCGCACGAAGCUGUCGCCAUAACAGAGUUUGUUUUACCAUUCCAACAACUCUGCUCUGACAAACUUGGCUUUACGCGCGGAUGAGCAGGUGAACUAUGUAAAAAACAGUCCGUGCUUCGUGUUACGUCCGUGCGCGUAUUUCUAAAGCCAAAAUUCAAAACUCUACUACGCUGACUGCGUCACUUCCACGUUUGUUCUUUUCCUCUGUUAUACUGGUUUCUUGCAAAGUUUAUUUUUUGCACAAACGUCCGUGUUUUUACAUCUCUGCUGGUAGUAUGUAUGCAAAUGUCACAGUUUUAACACGGAAGCAAUCUUAGAUUUAUUUUUUCCCGAUAUUUUACAAAGAAAUUGUAUGAUAUUAUUCUUAGUCCUGUUCUAGUGUAAAUCGGGUGAUUAUGUAAGAUAAAAGCAACUUUUAUGUUAACAGAUAUUUAUGUAGGCAUUUUUGCAGUUAUUGGAAAUUCUCAAUUUAUUUAUCGGGCCUAGUAUUUAUAUUUCAAAUUAAUGACUUUUCCGAACCCACUGAUGAAGAAGUUCAAUUCUGUAUAGUUGUCUAAGUUCUAGGUGAAAUCCAGGACUUGUAUGUCCGAAAUUGGCUGAUAUAUAGCUCACAAAGCGUGCGUGCAUUGCAAUCACAUACAUAUUACCCAUCAAAAACCAAUGACGUUUUGGUCUUUCACUUCUGGAUUUGCGUUUCAACGAUAUGUCCUACAAAUUCAACAUUAAUAUGAAGAAUGUGUAGGCACUCGAUUGCCUAGAAAUAGAUUUACUUGAUCAUUUAGCCCCCAUACAUUUGGUUAACUACAUCAGCAGAUGGAACGCAUACAAUUAACGCAUAUUAAUUUACAUGCAGGUAGCUUUUAAGUUAUCAAUAGCAAAAAGCCACAUGGCUCAAACUUCGUUUCUGUUUGGUAUUUGUUUGUUUUUUUUCCGCAUUUUCUACGGGUUUAUUUUUGGCCGCUUUAAAAAUUACAGAGAAUGUUCACAGUGACGCAAGCCUAAAUAAAGCAUACAGGUCACUUGUCUAUUGGUAUUCUUACCAGUGAAUAUUCCUGAAACGCUAACCAUACAAUCUAAAAAUUACGAAAGCACUCUUUGUUUAUCAGUCGAUAAUGUCAAAACCGAACCCCACAGUUUAGGAAAAAAUGGCAAGUUUCAGGAAGCAGUUGAAAAUAAGAAGAUUAAAUAGUUGGAACAAAAUAACGGUCAUGCAAUUAGGGUAACAUUUGAACUUUGUAUAACAAGGUUCGCGCGGCUGUCGCUUUUCACUAGAAUUUCGGUCUUGUCGAUAUUGAUGGUAGUCCAUGACUUAAGAGUUCACGUUAUUUCCUCCGCUGGUGCGUGCUUGGCCUUCAAUCUCCUUAAAAAUAUCCCAGUUCCUCCGAUGUAUUUGUUUUGACCGCAGCUGUCUCAGGUCCAGGAAAGUACUGUGCACAUUCUCCGACCUCCCAGUUCGUAUUCGGAUAUCGUUAUUUGCUGUCUGACGGUUGUCUCCUGUUUGUAUAUGUAACCUCCGUUUGGAGCGGUAUGAGUAAAUGGCUGACAGCGUUUGGGACGAUAUGCCAUACAGCAACAGUCGGGAAAGUUUUGACUGGCAUUUUGUGUUCCUAAUCUGGUCCCUGUAUGCGAUGGCUAUCGCAGCUACGGAAACAGCUACCCGUCUGAAGUACCUAUCUAUGCUUUUUGGAAGUUAGUUACGGAUAGGUAUCGCAGCAUUCAUCAGUACUGGUAAUAUAACAGGAACAUCGAGAGAAUUGAUACUUACAGUCUCGCAGUCAUCGCAUCAAGUUUGACCAUAAUAUAAGAACGCAAAACAUGCCUAUUUGCAAAGGUAUGCAGUCGGCAUAAUGUUAUCUCUGAUGACAGGUCCCCGACAUGUAGGGUGCCUAAUGAUAAUGUGCGCAAGUGCUGUGAACGUUUGAUUGAUCCAUGCAUGGCCUUCAAAGGAACCUGUGUCUUAACGUUUUGUACUUAACACAAAGAGAUUGAUGUUUAAAUUCCUCCAACACAAAUAUAUAUUUUUGUCAUGAAGAGGCUACUCGUUUUUUUUUCGUUGUGCACAAACGUCGACGACAGAAAAACUGCGUAUACUGGAUUAUGUAAAAGGGCAUGCGGACAGUUCAAAGAGUAAUGUUAAUUGAAAUAAUUUUGUAAACACUGUCAUCUUGCCUUUUAAUGCAUAAUUUAAAGCGACCGUAACUUCUAAAUUGCAUAAAAGAGAAUGUUUUAAAUGUCAGCAGCAGCAGCAGUAGAUGAAGAAAUCACUAAAAUGGAUUUGGUGCUGACCGAAGACGCCUAAUGAUUUCAAAGUAAAAAUAACCAAUAUUGUUGCCUCUCGAAAAUGCUGGUUGAGGUUAAAACGCUGUUUAUUUUGCAAGCACACAUUCUCUGAGAACGCAUACGUUUAUAGGAAGAGCGUUUUUCGUAGAAUUUUGAUAAAUAUACUUAUUUAUAUUGACCCAACUGUGGAAAACUCGGCGCCUCGGUGGGAUUCGAACCCACGCAGUAAGGGGAAGGCUUUAGCGCAGCCAACGCUCUAACCACCUGAGCUACCAGGCCCCGCCGGACGACGCGAGUUUAAUCACAUUUGGGUCAAGUUACCCGCCCAACCUACUGCAACGUCUGGAAUCCACCAAAUCUGAUACAGUGAGUUGACUGCCCAAGCAGGAUUUCCUAAGUAAUUCACCUAGAAUCCACCAGAUGACUACCAGGCUUACGUAAUUCAUAGAUGUUUUGGCAGAUUUUGAAUAAUUCAUAUUGACCCAACUGUGAAAAACUCGGCGCCUCGGUGGGAUUCGAACCCAGGCAUUAAGGGGAAGGCUUUAGCGCAGCCAACGCUCUAACCACCUGAGCUACCAGGCCCCGCCGGACGACGCGAGUUUAAUCACGUUUGGGUCAAGUUACCCGCCCAACCUACUGCAACGUCUGGAAUCCACCAAAUCUGAUACAGUGAGUUGACUGCCCAAGCAGGAUUUCCGAGGCGCCGAGUUUUUCACAGUUGGGUCAAUAUGAAUUAUUCAAAAUCUGCCAAAACUUCAAUGAAAUAUACUUAUAUUAAUCGAUUCGACUUUUGGGUUAUGCUCAAUAACUGGACAACAUUAACAUGUCAGUUAUAAACCUUACAAUUUCGGCUUUGAGAUAUCGAAACUUCGACUUCUGUGAAGAUAAGGCGUUAUGUUUUGAUAGCUACGAGUGAAUCAAAUACCUCCAUACGAGACUGGUAAAAUGUUUUUAUUAUGCCAAAGUGUACAUACUUGCUGUAUUUGCAGCUGCGUUUCGGUCAGCGCUAUAAAAUGCUCCAUAACAGGCAUCGGAAGGUACCUCGCUAAAGCUAUUAUCUACGCCAUAUUUCUUUCAGGUACGGCGACAUUGUACCAACGACGCCAAUAGGCAAGAUAUUUGGAGGAAUUUGCUCACUUUCCGGUGUACUGGUUAUAGCCCUUCCUGUUCCCGUUAUCGUUUCAAAUUUCGCGCGCAUUUAUCAACAGAGUCAAAAGGCCGAUAAACAUCACGCUCAACAGGUAUGGAAGUUCACUCAUUUGUCAUCGCGUUAAAGGCCAUAAGAUUUUUAUUGCCAACAUUUGGACAAUAAAGUAAAACGUUAUUCCAACAGCGGUAAAUUAAGUAAUUUGAAUCGCCAACGUUACAAAAACUGUGCAAAUGUGAGUCCCGUCGGGAGAAAAUUGUUUCUCGUCAUCACACAACAUAGCAUUGCUAAGAUGUUCGAUGUACACAAUCGAGAACGUUGUGGCAACCAGUUGCCUAAAAACCAACAAAUAUAUGUAGGAAAAUCAGGCCAAGUUAGUCAUGCACUGAAUUGAAGACUUCUAGAAAUUGCUUCGUUAAUUCAAGUAAGCACGUCCAUAAAAUAUAAUAUUAUUAAGACUUGUAAAAAUCGUUACUUUUUCCUAAAAGCUAGAAUGCUAAAUGAAAAAUGGUCCUUUCAUGUGUAAACUAUUGGACAGAGGCCAAAAAUCAGUCAACAAUUGCACCAACGUAAGCUGUAUAUUAAGUGCAAUAUCAAUAGUACAGUAGUUUACUUCCUACGUCAAUCCAGUUUGGCUUUUCAGUAAUGGUACGUUUUUUAGGGGGUGAAAACAAAUUCAUUAAAUCACCAGGAGAAAAGAGGGCAGUCAGCUAUAUACAUAUGUUGAUUUGGAUACUAUAAAAAGACAUAAAGGCUAAUAAGGCAGUCCUCAUUUUCUCUCGUCUAAAACUGACAGCUCAUGGUUUAUCUCAUCUGGCUGAUCAAAUUGCGCAUCCAGCGUGGCUGAAAGCCCAUAAAUAAACAGGCCUGUUAGAUGAAUACUUAGCACUAAUAUAUCAUAAAUUAAGUUUGUUUGUCUUUAAUUAGCUCUGGAUUCUGGUCGUUCGCACUUAUUCCAGAAUUGUAUUAACUGUAAUAAGAUACGCCGAUUUUGGAUACUUAACUUCAAAUUAUUUUUUCGGAGCAUUUUCCGGAUGUUUACAAAUAUUUAUAUAAUGAGCUCUUGCUAUGUUUGGCUUUGAAAAAUUAUUGCUUGUUCCACUUGUGUCGCCUUUGUAUUGAAACCAAUAUUCUAAGGAGUACAUUGCUAAACAUACUGAGAAAGAAAACCAGACAUAAAUAAAAAACGUCAAAAUAAUUUUAUAUGGAUUUUGCGGAAGUUACUUGGACUGCAAACUUAUCAUUGGAAACUAUAUGAAAUGCAUAGGAUUCAUAACGGUCCAUUCUGCACUGUGUGUUUUUUAAAACUGCUGAAGGAAUUCCUCGGAUAAUAUACAAAUAAAUUUUCCAUAAGUUUGCUGAAAUAAGAGGGUAAGCAUUUUCUGAAAGUGUUUGUAUUUAACCGGGAGCUUUUUGAACUUUUGCAGCUCUCGAAAGCUGCCAGACUUAAAGUCUGUGAAUCUGAAAGGUAUGCUUCAUUUCUGGAGGAGAAGAGACAAGCCGCCACGGAACUCAAAGCCCUUCUCAAUGGGUGCAAUGUCCGCGCUGAUGACGAUUCGGCUAACAGAUCAGAGGAAACUGACUUGUCAGAAGGCAAAAUCGACUCUGAGCGCCGUGCCUCUAUCGGUGCAGCCCGAAUGCAACACUAUCAUAUCCUUCUGUGUCUGGAGAGCCUUACGGUAGGCGCUUAUUGAUUUAAUUUAAAUCAUGUCGAACGCAAGAGCUACCGUAAAUGAAAAUGUUUGUGCUUAUUUUUACAUGAUAGUUACGGCCAAAUACAUUAUUGUGGGAUUAACCCGUAAAAUAUACUAAAGGCCUUUAUUUGUCAGUUAUAGUUCCAUAGUACUGAAAUGGAAGAAGAUCAGAUUUUGUGUCAAGAGCCGUUGAAAGUGUCACGCUUGAGCGGCGUCCAGAUUUUGUCUGUAGGUUUUAUUAGGAAAACUGUCAACACAUAAUAUAACCGUUCUCUCUUAAGUGGCAAAUGUUCCUUAAAUAUUUUUCCCACAUUCGUCUCAUCAUUACAGGGAACUUUACUAAAAUAUUCAGACAUGUCUCAUUAUCAAGGCACCGACGUGUGCCAUUAAAUCCAAAUUUGUCUUUUUCAGCAUUGGAUCAGGAGAUUAUACGGGGUUUUCUUAUAUUUUUAUGCUCUUUGUCAGAAUAGUAACGCAAUUAUGGUUUUUGAGAUAGAAAAAGCAAUGGUGCGAGUGGUUUUUGUAACUGCAAUAUGUAUAUUGCACAUGACUUUAUAUAUUUACCAAAAUUGCAACUCGUGAAAUAAUUACUGGUAAAUGUCUCAAAUUUCAAGCCUUUAUUUCAGGUUUAGUAUGUCCCAAAUAUGCGUUCAUAUUUAACAGACUGAUUCCUUUGGUUUGGGGAACAGUGCAAAGGGAACCUAAUCUAAUGUCAAUUCCCAAUUCGCCGACAAAUGAUUGAAGAUAAUUUCAACCACCUGUUCAAAUAAAUUUGCAUCAUGAAAACCUUUAAGAGUCUCAUAUAAUCUUUUUCAUAUUCUUUCGGAGUGCCAAUUAGGAUUUCGAAAUAUUAACUAAAAAGCACAUCUGCUGUGCCACUGACUCACAAAACUUACACGAAUUGACCUUGGCGAGCGAAUCCCACUCUGGGUUUUCAAGCAGCAAGAGGAGGGCAAUUCAUGCAUGAUGAACAUGAGACAUUUUAAACUAAUAACAACUGCAAGAGUGUCCUUAAAAGUAUAAUUAUCUGCAUAACUCAGAUAUUAAUUUCUCGACAACAUGGAAAAGGAUUGAUUCGCAUUUUAAUGAACGUCAGUAUUUCUAGUCGAAAUAAUCAACUACUACUUGUCAGAUUGUGUAAUUUUGCACAUACUAACGGCAUGAUGCAGAUUCAAAUCACUUACUAAUUCGAUUUGGGUUUAGCAUGUGUUCGGUCGACGACGGCUUAUAGGUCAAGCUGGUCCCUCACUCAGUAUCAUCAAGUUGGUAUCUUUAGGUUGUCAAAUAUCUCUGUGAUUGUGAAUGAACAACAGUCAACUCUUCGUCGGCUAGUAUGGAAGCAAACGUUCCGAUUUCAUGUCCUAUCGCUGGCUGCGCGAAACAAAGUGACUUUUCAUCCUAUAUUCUACAUAUCCUUUGCUAGAGUGCUAUUUCAAAUUUUAUCUAUACAAAGUUUUUACCAAGAAAUAAUGAAAAAGAAUAUUUCCCGUUCUCGGGUGAAAUCAUCAAUGUUUUAUUGCGUUUCUAAGCAUUUAUAGUCAAGAGACACUGAGGGAUAUGUUGAAAAACAUAUUUUUCUAGGAUAUAAUACAUUUUAAAAAUAACCUGGUUUGUACAUACUUUAGCAUCAAAUUGAUUAAGGGAGUAUUUUACCUUAUUUUAGGGGCACAAACCGGCUGAGGGCCUAAUCGGUAAGAGGAUUUUCUCAUUGAAAUCUUCUUGAAAUAUCGCCUAUUUUUGACUACCGUUUUGUUUAGGCCUUCCGUUGCGUGUCUCAUUAAAAUGCCUCUUUAAAAUCUAACCAGGCUUUAGAUAAUAAAGUCCGCAGAAAAAAGUAUAAUUGUCAAAACCUAAAGUUUGUAUGAAGUGGAUGUAAAGCUGGAAUAUCUAAAAAUAUUGUGUGAACAUUCACGUCCUGGCAUGCAAUAAACCCAAAUUGUACGCACAUUUGAAAACUCAUUUUAAAAUGUUUCCCUUAACCUUCUGACUCAUCAUCGUUAAAUGUUUUUAACAAUAUAGACCUCUCAGUAUCUUGGCGAUUUUAAGAUUCACUGUUAAAUCGACAGUACAAAGCGAGCUGCAUAAACCUAAAGUACCCUGAGAUAACUAGGAAAACAAGAUUCAUGUGCUUUUUGUGGAUCAAAAAUUUUAUUUAUUUUUUCCUACUGAAUACACUUGUACAAACAUUUGGCAACAUUUCUUUUUAUUUUAUCUUAAGUCUAUGUUUCCUUCUAUGGCUACUAUACAGUAGCUGCAAAAUAUGAACUACCCAAAACGGUUUUAUGACGUACCUAAUGGACACACCAUAGCGCGACUUAGUUCGGGUUUAAAGUCGACUGGAGAUUUGAUUCUUAUUGGCGGGGAUUAAAAGUAAAAUCCGCGCUUUUUGGCUAAAUUUAAAAAAAUCGCACGUAUUCCAAAUAAAAAAUGAAGAAAAUGAAUGGGGACUUCCAAUACUAUCCACAGCGACAUGUGCUGCGCUUCCGAUAAGUACCUCAUGCUGCCUUUAUUGUCCUCUUUCAACUAAUACUGACGAUGAUUUACAUUGCAUCACCAGCAUAAAAUUUUUGAGUAAUCUUGCUACCUUAAUUGUUCAAGUUCACAAGAUUAACGAAUACUUACAUUUUUCCUUGCACCGUCCGUUAAAUCCGGACUCCACAAGUGGGUAUUCAAGGGCUAUUGAUAAAAAUGUUUCUACUAGGACAAACGUCGCCGCACUUAGUUAAUGCUAAAUUUGCGAACGCAGAAGAGUGUAAUUUGCUCUGUUCAAAUCAUCACUCAAUCCCAUUACUUUAAAUAUUUAUUCAUAUUGCCCUUGCAUACUUGCAAUGCACUGGCUGCAUUAAAUAUUUCCACCCUUCUAGAUGAACUGGAGAGCCCCCAAAGCUCAAAAAACCGACUACCCAAGUGGGGUGGUCAACGACUGACCAAAGCUGAUGUCCAAAGGCCCGCAAGAUGCGGUCACUCUACAAGAACUGUUUAG